AGUAUACCAUCGAAAUGUUGUCGCGCAGAGAAUAGGUUGAUAGGAUGACGUCUUUAUAUAUUUUCAUGACAUGAUUUACGUGACAUAGCCUACAUGCAUCGAUAAGAACUAUACAUCAUACGUUCAUGCACGCAUAAAAAAGUAAAUGCGUUAGUCACACAAUGCCAUAAGAAUUACGCUGUAAAAACAUGUCCAGAGAUUCUCCCUGUGUAAACAUUCCACUGAAGUUUACAUAGCUUCAUGCUCGAUUGCUCUUCCUGGCUACUUCAUCAUGUGGCUGUCUCCUUGUUCGCAGGGAAUUGCCAAUGUCCGAGCCUUGAGCUGAUGCUGAGCCCGGCGACAAUCACCGAGGUCUCUCGUAUCGUCUACCAAGGGUUCGCUUUCGUCCCGGUGCCCACCUCGGCCGCCGCGACAUUGCACCUGGCGCUGGGCUCGCAGGUGAUUCCGGGAACACCUCCACGUGUCGCCUUCAUCAAUGGGGCACCUGUCACCUUGUCCUUCCAGAAUGUGGACAGUCAGUAGAGGUGGGUCGGGGAGUGAGUGCCAACUUUUUAAAUUAUUUUUUUCAGUUACUGCAAUGCACGUUUUAAAACAGCAAUUGUAUGCGUGUCCUACCUGGGUCAGUUCACCUCAGAGGCAGGGAUUGAACUGCAGUCAGAUGCACAUCCACAACCCCUUCUGCUGGAGAAUGACAUGUCAUCUCUACAUGCCAGUGUGGAGCUCCCCUGUCUCCCCUCCAUCCCCAGGGCCUGAGGGUGCCCCUGCCCCCUGUCUGCUACUGGAGGAGGACCAGGAACCACUGGAGUCUCAUACUCAGAUUGAGCCAAAGAAACGUAAAGGUGGAUGGCCAAAGGGAAAGAAGAGGCAACCUCCGAGAGAGUUAACUGCCCCCAGAGUUCCAACAACAGGGAGUUUGAGAAGGACAGAGGCAGCCGGCAGCAGGCUCCAGGGAUGGGAGAGAAGCCCUGUGGGUGAGGAAGAGGAGGCAGAGUUGGCUCGUACGUUGGGUCUGUCCUCGCUGGACAUCAGUGUGCUGCAGGAGCUGCUGCUCAGACACAUACUGACCAGCACUGACCACUAUUUGCCAUGACCACAUUCAUGACUUGGACAAAGCCAGUUUCUAAAAUGGCUGAAGCUGCGGAUCUGUAGCUAACCUCCCCGUCCCGUCUGCCUGGAUCCGUUUUCCCCAGAGCUGAAGAGCCGAAUCACGUUCUGCGCAUGUUUCCUUACCUAAAUAUAGAUCUUCUUGAGUUAUACAGUGUUGUUUUGAAUUAUGGACAGUGAGCGAACUUUAGAGCAGUUGGUGGAAACAAUCUGUCGCAUAGUCUACCUGUGUUUAGUUUCUAUCACAGCACAUAUUUUGCCUAGUGGCGCGUGCUAUUGAGUUUUUGCCAAAAAUGUGACCAUUUGCACAAACAUCCUAAAGUUCUUAAGAAAUGUGAUUGUUUUCCGUCUUACAGUAACCUUAUACUAUGCUAUUAUGUUUGGUUAUGUUACAUGGAAUCAAUAAGUGAUCUUGCCGACAUUGAUUCAGCUUUGAUAUAACUUUAUUAAACAAAUACCAUUUAUGUCAGACUAGCCUGAUCUCUACAAGACUGUGCGACAAGUAGAGAAUCCCGCACAUGCACAGAAGUCGUGAAGAGGGCUCGACAAAACCUAUUCCCCCUCAGGAGACUAAAAAGAUUUGGCAUGGGUCCUCAGAUCCUCAAAAGGUUCUACAACUUCACCAUCGAGAGCAUCACUGCCUGGUAUGGCAACUGUUCGGCCUCCGACCGCAAGGCACUACAGAGGGUAGUGCGUACGGCCCAUUACAUCACUGGGGCAAAGCUUCCUGCCAUCCAGGACUUCUAUACCAGGUGGUGUUAGAGGAAGGCCCUUUAAAAAUUGUCAAAGACUCCAGCCGCCCUGGAGUAGACUGUUCUCUCUGCUACAGCACAGCUAGCGGUACCGGAGCAUCAAGUCUAGGUCCAAGAGGCUUCUAAACAGCUUCUACCACCAAGCCAUAAGACUCCUGAACAUCUAAUCAAAUGGCUACCCAGACUAUUUGCAUUGCCCCCCAUUGUUGGUUAGGAGCUUGUAAGUAAGCAUUUCACUGUAAGGUCUACCUAUACCUGUUGUAUUCGGCUGAUGUGACGAAUACAAUUUGAUUUGAAGCGGCAGGAACUUUAGUGUUGGAAAGAGGGGUCCAGGAAAGUUGGAUCUGCAGCCACUCCGUUCUAACAACCACACUGAAACGCUGUAUUUAGUUCUACACCUCUCUCUCAAACAACAGUGAAUUAAAGUGUUACUGUAUACUGUC